GAGGCGGGGCGGAGGCGCCGCAGCGGCUGUUAUUGUUCAGCUGGGCUCCGCUGGGCGCUGUCUCCCUUGGCUCAGAGGGUGUCAAUUUGUCCCGCUUCCUCUCGACCCCUCACUCCCGGAGGCUGACGACGACGGCGGCGGCUGCGGCGGGCGGGGCCUGGCGUUUCGAGGCUGAGCGGCGCCGGGGUGAGGGGCGCGGAGAAGGAGGAGCAGAAGCAGGAGGAGGAGCCGCGUGCCCUGGCACCGAGCGGCCGCGGCCAUGGCGUACGCCUAUCUUUUCAAGUACAUUAUCAUCGGCGACACAGGUGUUGGUAAAUCAUGCUUAUUGCUACAGUUUACAGACAAGAGGUUUCAGCCAGUACAUGAUCUUACUAUUGGUGUAGAGUUCGGUGCUCGAAUGAUAACCAUUGAUGGGAAACAGAUAAAACUUCAGAUUUGGGAUACAGCAGGGCAAGAGUCCUUUCGUUCCAUCACAAGGUCAUAUUACAGAGGUGCAGCAGGGGCUUUACUAGUGUAUGAUAUUACAAGAAGAGACACAUUCAACCACUUGACAACCUGGUUAGAAGAUGCCCGCCAGCAUUCCAAUUCCAACAUGGUCAUUAUGCUUAUUGGAAAUAAAAGUGAUUUAGAAUCUAGAAGAGAAGUAAAAAAAGAAGAGGGUGAAGCUUUUGCACGAGAACAUGGACUUAUCUUCAUGGAAACUUCGGCUAAGACUGCUUCUAAUGUAGAAGAGUGGCAACAUAAGCGAAAUAAAUGAAAAUUCCUUUGAAUUGUGUUAAAGAUAAGUGAUCCUAAUAAAGAGAGGAUAAACGUGGGCAGAAUAUGAAUCCUGCUAACCCUGCUUCUGCUACAGUUGUGCCCGGUCUUGGGCAAGUCACUUCUCCUUGGCAGCCCAGUGCCGUCUGUACAGUGAGAGUUAAUGACAGGUCAGUAGAUUUAGCAGCAGCCCUCUUUGUUUUAAUGAAACACAGGAAACUGGAUGAAAGAAAGAAGAGCAGAACUGCUCUACUUUGGAAUAGGGGAUGCCGCGGAAAGUGAGGGGGAGGGGGAGGAAAUGGUGGCCCCCGCGGCAUGUCCGUGAACGUGCUUGAAGCCAUUGCGUCGGGCGCGGUGUGUGGGAGGCUCUCCUGAAGCUAACGCAGCUCCAACCAGAAUAUUUUCCGUCACGGAAUUCGACGAAGCUUCAUGUGUAAACUGCCUGUCUUGCUUCUCGUCUGAUGUUCUUUUCGCAGGACUUUCCUAUCUGCAUAAUACUAAAGUCUUAUCUCAAUACGUUUUCUUCUUUCGGCUCACCGUACACAUUAUAUGUUGAUAAUUUACCUUUUGAUGCUUAGUUCUGUCUAAUCAGGAUAUUUUAAUUCGCUGAGGAGGCUGCUCCUGAGUCCCCGCUUCUCCUCUCGAUCCCGCGGUGGUAUGCUCCGACACCCCGUGGUGCCGAGGGCGGGCGUGCGCCGAGUCCGCCUGCGAGCCAGCAGGUCUCGACUAGGCUCCACGGUUGCCCUCCUGUUACAGAGAGGCAAAGCAGCAGGUCCAAGCGACACGUGUGGUAAGAGGUGGCGCUGGGCUUUGACCCCGACAGCCUGGCUCAGAGCCUCCCCUUCGCCAUUCUGCUAGCAAACUUGGAGGUACAGCUUCAGCCCGCACAAUUAAUUUCCUCGUUUUUGCACAUAUUUUGAACUUCUUUUCAGAAAUAAAGAGAACCUGUGUAAAUCACUUAGUAUAGUGACUGACCCAUAGUAAAUAUUGGUUAGUGUAAGCUUUGGCAAAUGGACACCUGGAAUGUCCACAGCCUUGAUUAGCAAUGGAGAAGAAAACUAAACAGCAUCCUAGCUCUCUGUUUCCCAGUUCUCAGAGAGAACCAAAGACUCACAUCUAUUCAAGAUGUUUAAAUAAAACGAAGACACUUCAAUUUAUUUUGCAUUCUUACCUAACAGAUGCUAUAAUUUUUAUCUUGCCACCAGGUGGCAGCAUGUUACACAAGGAAAUAAUAGAAAUGUUAUUCUGUUGUGGACUACUUUUCAGUAUUUUGCCUUAAAAACUGUUAAACCAUAAUAAAAACAAAAUACUAUUCCGUGUUCCCCUUUGUCUGUAUUCCCCCUCGUUGGUUGAGAAGGCCCUCAUAGCCCAGUGUCCAUAGCCCACAACUAGACCUGCCUUGGUCCUGCCCUGCACACGCUGUCCCUAUAAGCCAGGGCAGAGUUUACUUUUCCUGCAUCUGCAACCGAAAUGUAAGCCCUCAUACUGAGAUUCUCCCAACUAAGUGGGUUUAGUUCAGCAGCAGUAGGGACUACUGCAGUCGUCCUCUUCCCUGGACCUUCCAUGGUACCCAGAGAAGCACCAGAUCUGUGGCAGCAACUGAAUAGGUGCCCUUGGGUAACGGCCAGGUAAUAGGUAGGAGAUACAUUUUUAGUUCUUUGUGGUUAUGUUUAUUUUAAUUUGUGUUAUAGAAGUCCCUGAAAACUUACUUAAGUUUAGGUAUUAUCAGAAUCAUUCGGAUAACUACUGCCAAGGGUUGAAAGAUUAGUGUCUGAGGUGGAGGGCAAUUAAUGGCUAAUGAAGGUAAAGGACUGGACAUGGCAAUUAAUCAAAGUAGGGCAGAGCGGGGAGCUAAUGGGAAAAUGUAGAGAGAGUUAGGCUUCAGAUACGGGUGUGCAGUGCUGCAUGGGAAGGCCAGAGGCUCGCCAAGUUAAGUUGGCUGCAAGGAAAUCUCUUAUACUUCUUAAUCGUGGAUCUGCCUAGGUUGUUUCACAGGGUUAAUGAAAUCCUUUCACAUCAGUUUCUCAGCAAAUGUUUUUUCCUGUUCUAUAAUCUAUUAACUAAUAUUCAGAUUUGACUAUAUUUGAAACAUGGAGUACAGAUGAAUAUGUUUGUAAUUCUUGUCACAAAACCUGCAGUGAUAUUUAGAUGUCAUGUUUUUAGAGUAUUAUGUUAAUUAAGCAGUGCUAAAAAUUUUCUGGAGUUAUGCCGUCAUCUUGCUUCAUUUUUCUGAUAGUAAGGAAAUAACUAUUCCAGAUAAGUUAAUUGUUACAAAAUCUUUCCCUGGUAAACAUCAGAACUUGUAAGAAUAAUGAAGACGUUUCAAGAACGUGUUUUGUGUUACUUAUGUUAAACAGCAAAUCCUGAGUCUCUCUCCCCUUGAUGACUCGGGCCACCUUGGCCAACACAUGCCCUCUUCAGUCAGGAGCUGUGAGCCCAUCUUCACACAGGCCCACUGCUCCCGCAGCCGCUGCCGUGCGCGGGCUCCCCCGUGGCCUCUUCCCCAAAACCGCACAUGCACAUCCCCACUGGCCGCUCACACAGACACAUCCUCACACUCACUCUCUUUCUCUUUCUCCUUCCCUCUCCUUUUCAUAAUUUGCUUCUGUAGCCUGGGGAAUAGAAAAAGUAAAACUAGUUAAAAUGAUGUCUAAAAUUGGAAGGAAUUUCAAUUUAAGACUGUCCUAUUAAAGCAUGAGCUUUAGGGAAUUCUCUGGUGGUCUAGUGGUUAGGACUCUGCGCUCUCCCUGCCGGGGCCCCGGGUUCAAUCUCUGGUCAGGGAAC